AAAAAAAGAUUUUCUAUUCAGACCAGCCUAACUUCAAAUUCUCAGGAACCCAUCUGCCUUUGCCUCCCAAGGGCUGGAAUUUUAAAGGCAUGCACCACCAUGCCCAGCCUUUUGUAAUUUUUGCUGUUGGUGGUAGUGGUGAGUUUGGGUUUUUGUUGUUGUUUUGUUUGUUUGUUUGCUGUUUUUCAAGACAAGGUUUCUCUUGAAGCCCUGGCUGUUAAAGAAACUCCCUCUGUAGACCAGGUAGCCUCAAACACAAGAAAUCCACCUGCUGGGCUGGAGAGAUGGCUCAGCAGUUAAGAGCACCCGACUGCUCUUCCAGAGGUCCUGAGUUCAAUUCCCAGCAACCACAUGGUGGCUCACAACCAUCUGUAAGGAGAUCCGAUGCCCUCUUCUGGUGUAUCUGAAGACAGCUACAGUGUACUUAUAUAUAAUAAAUAAAAUAAAUCUUUAAAAAAAAAAAAAAAGAAAGAAAGAAAGAAAUCCACCUGCUUCUGAGUUCACCUCAGAGGGCUGGGAUCAAAGGAAUGUGCUGAGGCAGCUGGAAACACCACCACCACCACCACCUGGCCUUUAAAUGUCUGCUAAGGGCCUGUGAGAUGGUUCAGUGGGUAAAGGUGUUUUCUUUCAAGCCUGACACCCAGAGUCCCAUCCCCAGGACCCAUGUAGUAGAGGAAAAUACUGCCUUUUCCAAGCUGUGUCUGACAUACACACUCAAGUAAAUAGUAAGCGCCAGCCUGUGUCUCUUUACGGUGAUGUUAAAGAGACAGAAGAGACAUGUUAAGUUUAUUUGGAAAGUGCCAGGGUCUGGGGAGUGAAGGAGAGAUAGCAAUAAGGGGAGACACGGUAUGUUCUGUCCCUGCUAUUGAUCCACCACCAGCUCUGAGAAGCUGUGGCAGUCACUUCCUGUGCAAGGUUUUUUCAUGGAGCCUCAGCCAGGGCCACACAGCCUCUAGAAGCAGUUUUUGAAAGUAACACAUAGGGAGGAGAAAGGAGGCGUGUGUGUGUGUGUGUGUGUGUGUGUGUGUGUGUAUGUGUGUAUGUGUGUAUGUGUGUGUAUAUGUAUGUAUAUCUUCCUCCUGCUUUCACCUUGCAGUUGGUUAAGGACAUCUAAUAUGGAGGAACAGAUUUCCUUGUGUGGCUUCAUGGCAGUUGAUGAGCCAGUAGCCAGCCUUAGACUCCUAUCUUCCUGCCUCAGCCUCUUGAGGUGCUGGGAUUACAAAUGUAUGUUAUCAUGCCCAAUUUCCUUCAUUGGUGGAUACUAAAUGCCCACAAUCAAAUGCCAGCAUUCCAGCCUCUGGUGAGACCCCAUAGCUGUGAUACCUGACUGGCGGCAGGAGUGCUUGUGUGUGAGAGAGAGAUCUGGUGAUCAAAUAGAAGUUAGCAGGCUGUGGUGACCCACGCCUGCAAUCCCAGCACUUGGGAAUUUGAGGCAGAAGAAUGGGCCACAAGGUCGGCCUGGGAAAUGUAGUGAUUUCUAGGUCUUUCUGGGAGACAGACUGAGGCCUUGCCUCAACCAAACACAAAGAAGCCAAAGAGAGAGCAGAGUGGAGGUCAAGCUUGCCGUGUGCUCAUGAGUAGUCAAAGACGGCCUUAAACUCGGUGUCCAGCCUCUGUGUGCCACUGCACUCAGCUUCCCUGAGAAUAGAUAAUGCUUUUCUCCAGGCUCUGGAACUCAUGUUCUCCCGUUUUUCUCUAACUCGUCUUGUCUGGAAGUAAAGGAUCAUGGUUUGUGGGAUUGGAACAGUAGAUAUAACCCCUUUGUGUUCUCCCUCUCUCCUUUGAAGGGAGGAUUUGCUAGUUUGUGUCUGUCUGUCUUACCCCUUCAGCAGUGUUUUCAGUCUUUCCAUGCCUGUCCCUGGGACUGCGUUUGCACAGUACAGUUUGUAGUCAUCCUCCAAUCAGCUUUGAAGUGUCAACAUUCUGUGUUGGAAUAUGUCUGUGCUUUCAGUUAACUGACUUUCAGUUUGGAAGAGGUGUUACGUUUCUUUUCUAUGUAGUUGAAACCUAUAGGUAGGGGCGAGUGUGUGUGUGUGUGUGUGUGUGUGUGUGUGUGUGUGUGUGUGUGUGUGUGUUGUGUUGUUGUUGUCCUUAGAAAUGAAGUCUUUCAGUUUAAAGAGCGUCAAGGUUUGUGCAUCCAAGAGCCCCGUUCGCCUUCAUCAGCCGUGCUCACUAGGCCAUGGCAGAAGGAAAGCGAAGCUUCUGGAGGAUCGGUCGCACCCGCUCUCCAUUGGCAAUGGAGACUACUUUUGGACAAGCAAAGACACACUGUGGGAUUACAUGCAGACACUGUCUGAUCAGGGAGCAGAGAAACACGAAGGGGCAGGCCAGUCAUCUGGGGUCACUGACCAGGAGAAGGAGCUGUCCACCAGUGCUUUCCAGGCCUUCACAUCUGGAAAUUAUGAUGCCUGUCUGCAACACCUUGCCUGUCUGCAAGAUAUAAACAAAGAUGAUUACAAAAUUAUUCUGAAUACAGCAGUAGCUGAAUUUUUUAAAAAUAAUCAAACAACAACAGAUAAUUUGAGACAAACACUUAACCAGCUGAAGAAUCAGGUCCACUCAGCUGUGGAAGAGAUGGAUGGGUUAGACGACGUUGAGAACAGCAUGCUGUAUUAUAACCAAGCAGUCAUUCUCUAUCAUCUGCGGCAGCACACGGAGGCCAUAGCUGUUGGUGAAAAACUUUAUCAGUUCAUAGAACCUUUCGAAGAAAAAUUUGCCCAAGCAGUGUGCUUUCUGCUCGUAGACUUGUAUAUAUUAACCCACCAAGCUGAGAAAGCGCUGCAUCUUCUUGCCGUCCUAGAAAAGAUGAUUUCACAGGGUAGCGGGAACAAAAACGGGAAGAGCGAGACUGGCAAUAACAGCAGCAAAGACGGAUCCAAUCCUAAGGCUGAGAGUGCAGCGCUGAUAGAGGCUGCCAAGUCCAAGAUACACCAGUACAAAGUCAGAGGGUACAUCCAGAUGAAGUCGCUGAAGGCAUGCAAAAGGGAGAUCAAGUCUGUCAUGAACACAGCUGGAAAUUCCGCACCUUCCCUGUUUCUUAAAAGCAACUUUGAGUACUUAAGGGGCAAUUAUCGAAAAGCAGUGAAGCUGUUAAAUAGUUCAAACAUUGCCGAGCAUCCAGGCUUCAUGAAAACAGGUGAGUGCUUGAGAUGCAUGUUCUGGAAUAAUCUUGGUUGUAUCCAUUUUGCCAUGAGCAAGCACAAUUUGGGGAUUUUCUACUUCAAGAAGGCUCUGCAGGAAAAUGACAAUGUCUGCGCCCAGCUCAGUGCGGGUAACACCGAUCCAGGCAAAAAGUUUUCUGGAAGACCCAUGUGUACAUUGCUGGCCAACAAAAGGUACGAGCUGCUGUACAACUGUGGGAUCCAGCUGCUGCACGUCGGGAGGCCUCUUGCUGCCUUUGAGUGUCUGGUUGAAGCUGUUCAGGUGUACCACGCGAAUCCUCGUCUUUGGCUCCGGCUGGCUGAGUGCUGCAUUGCUGCCAAUAAAGGGACUUCUGAGCAAGAAACCAAAGGUCUUCCCACAAAAAAGGGAAUUGUACAGUCUAUUGUUGGUCAAGGGUAUCACCGUAAAAUAGUUCUGGCGUCACAGUCUAUUCAGAACACUGUCUACAACGAUGGGCAGUCUUCAGCCAUUCCUGUAGCCAGUGUGGAGUUUGCAGCCAUCUGUCUCAGAAAUGCCUUGUUGCUGUUACCUGAAGAGCAGCAAGAUCCAAAGCAGGAAAACGGCUCCAAGAGCAGCAGCCAACUUGGAGGAAAUGCGGAAAGCAGCGAGAGCAGUGAGACGUGCAGCCCUGAGAGUCUUUCUCUAUUCAGCAGUAAAAGCCAUGAUGGAGAUAAGCUCAUUCCUGCUCCACCGUCUUCUCCCCUGAGGAAACAGGAGUUAGAAAACCUCAAGUGCUCCAUCCUUGCUUGCAGUGCUUAUGUGGCCCUGGCCUUAGGUGACAACCUCAUGGCGUUGAACCAUGCAGAUCAGCUCCUGCAGCAGCCCAAGCUGUCUGGCUCUCUUAAGUUUUUGGGCCAUUUAUAUGCCGCAGAAGCCCUCAUCUCCCUCGACAGAAUAUCUGAUGCCAUUACGCACUUGAACCCAGAGAAUGUCACUGAUGUCUCUUUAGGAAUCUCUUCAAAUGAACAGGACCAAGGAUCAGACAAGGGUGAAAAUGAAGCAAUGGAAUCCUCUGGCAAACGCGCCCCUCAGUGCUACCCCAGUUCUGUCAACUCUGCCCGGACUGUGAUGCUCUUCAACCUGGGCAGUGCGUACUGCCUGAGGAGCGAGUAUGACAAGGCCCGCAAGUGUCUGCAUCAGGCGGCAUCAAUGAUCCAUCCUAAAGAGGUGCCCCCUGAGGCCAUCCUGCUGGCGGUCUACCUUGAGCUGCAGAAUGGUAACACGCAGCUGGCCUUGCAGAUGAUCAAACGGAACCAGCUGCUCCCUGCAGUAAAGGCGCACUCCGAUGUGAGGAAGAAGACAGUAUUCCAGCCUGUGCACCCCAUCCAGCCCAUCCAGAUGCCGGCAUUCACCACGGUACAGAGGAAGUGAGCGCUCGCUGUGGAGGAGCUGUACCUGAGGCCCAGGGCGUGUUGAGGGCCUCUCAGUUGUCCACAGGAAAGGCAGUAGAGGAAAUACAGUGGCAACAGUGCUGGCCGGAAGGCGGUUUGAGACGAGUGCACCCCUCGGUUUUAUGGCAGAGGCUUACUUAAAACUAAGGACUCAUAACCCACUGUCAGCUUUUAUUUAAUCUCUGCAAGUCUUUUAAUUGUGAACCAUUGUGUUGGUAUGUCUGUGUCUAGGCAUUAAAACAUGUUCUUAUCAGAA